AAAGCAGGGAUUCUAUUUUAAUGGAACUAAAUGUGCAGUUACAGACACUGUGACCUGUGGACCUGGAUGUAUUUCUGAGAGGGAUUCUGAAGCUGUAAUUCAAAGUUCUCACAGUCCACAGGGUUCAGGAUGGGUGUAGUAUGGCCUCCAGUGAGAACUGGAGGGUCUCAACAACUGCUGGAGAAAUCCCCUUACCUCUGCACGCUGUCUGGUGGCAGCUGAUGGAGCCAGAAGCCUGGGUAGAACCAGGGGAAACCCAAUCCACUUUCAUCCCACUCAAGCACUACAGAGUCUGUAAGUCAACAGAGGCAGGAAAAACAGUUCAUUUUUUGAGUGUUAAACCCUGUGUCUGGGCUAAAGGAGUAUUCCUGAUUUCUGCUCUGAACCAAGAAUAUUGUUAGCAAACAGAGGAAGUUCCAAGGGUGGGGCAAAAGGCACUCAGGAGCUGCAGAUUUGUCUGCCUUCCAGGAGACAAUACUCCCUACUUCAGCUGGGUAGGGUCUGUUCAGACUAUGAGCGUCCGAGAUGGGAGAGUGUGACUCUUAACUUCCAUUGCCUACUCCACCAGCUGGAGAAUCGUUUUGAGGCUGAUGCUCUUGGCAGCCAAGGGGAGCCCUGGAGGAUGGGCUGGACUGGGUGUCAGGAACUGGCCUCAGUAGCCGGAUGUUUUGAGUGUGAGGAUAGAUGGUAAGGUAUUUUUGCUGCCUGAGGUCUUCCUUACCCCUCGGGAGGGCUAAGCAGGACUGUUUGCUACCAGUCACCUUUCCUUUCCUUUUUUUUUCCUCUCCAAUCACCUUUUUCUUAUUAACUAAGCAUCCCGCCCAUCUGGGCAGGAACAAGCUGCUACUGCCAAGCCCAAAGAGUCCUCAUUUCUAAGGGGUGGAAACGUCCCCUGGGAGGUGAUGGAAGCCAGAGCCAGCCCCUCCCUCAGCCCUGAAGACUGACGCGCAUAACGAAAUGCAAGAGCAGCCUGCAGUGGAAAGCUGGAGCUGUGGUGUGUGACAGGCAGAUGGGGAGCAGAGAGCUGCUGGGGAGAGAGACUCAGGAUGUGGUGCAGCAUGACGAGGACACUGCAGUUGCUGGUUUGUCUGGUGGUAGCCAUUUGCCUCCUCCCUCGGGUGACUACCACCCAGCACCAUGCAGGUACAGGGGCUUCAGAGUGGGUGGAUAGGAGCCAAGCAGGGCUGCUGGUCAAUCUGGGCAAUAGCAGUUACAGUGGGCUGUGUUGAGCCUCACAGGGCAGAGGAACUGUGGGCCCAAUGGGUACCAGACUAAUGUGCUGCAGUGGAUCAUGGUGUGAGUUCCAUCCCCAGAACUGGAAAAGUCCAGGGCAGCCCAUCGACAGCGCCAGCGUGGGAGGUGGCCUGAAGGAGCCAGAAGCCCCAGAAGUGAUGUUAGAGCUGCUGUGGGCUGGGCUGGAGCUGGACAUCAUGGGGCAGCUGCACAUCCAGGAUGAGGAAUUAGCAUCCACACGUCCAGGCCGCCGACUCAGGCUCCUUCUGCAGCACCACGUGCCCAGUGACUUGGAAGGUACUGAGCAUAGGCUGCAGCAGCUACAGGACCUGCGGAAAGGGCCUCCUCUUAGCCCUUGGGACUUUGAACAUCUGCUCCUUACUGGCCUGUCCUGCAUCUACCGGCUCCAUGCAGCUAGUGAGGCUGAGGAGAGGGUUCGUUGGGCCCAAGUCUUUGCUCUCCUGGCGCAGGAAACACUCUGGGACCUGUGCAAGGGUUUCUGCCCCCAGGGCCAACUCCCUUCACUAGGACCCUGGGUCUCCAUUCUUGACCCCUUCCCCUAACCCUUUUCACCUGGCAUUUCCCCUCCCAUUCUCCAUCCCCCCAACUCAAACAUGAGUUAGAACCAUCCUGGACAAGGUCUCCAUCUGGCACUUAGUUCUUUCUACUCAGAUCUCUGGACUUGGAUUGUACCAGCCCCCUCCCCCCUCCCCAGUUUGUUCCUUAGACCCUGAUAGGCCAAAAGCCCAGGAACUGGGUGCAGGCAGCAAGCACACAGUCAAGACAGGGCUUAUAGGCUCUAUGUGUGUAUUAAGGUCAGGGGUCAGGGUUGAGAAGUAUGUAAGAAAUCAUGAAAGGGAAACUGCCCUAAGUAAGUUGAGGUCAGACUUCAACUCCUAUUCUGGUAGCUGUGGAAAGUCCUGUGGAAUCUAUGGGAACCUACAGGAAUCCUGUAUACUACCCCCUCCCCCAGUCCAAGCCUGUCUGGAGUCCCUGAGCCUGCAAAUUCCCCAUCUGGGUCAGAGUAUAGAUUGGACUUCUUGGUGGUACAGGGGUUUGAACUCAGGGUGUCAUGCUUGCUAAGCAGGCACUCUACCAUUUGAGCCACUCCACCAGCCCUUACAUUGGACUUCUUGAGUUCUGUUCCCUGGAAGAGUGGAGUGAAGCAGGUGGAGGAACUUUACCUCUUUGGAGAGAGGGAGGCAAAAAAAAAAAGUCUUUGGUCCAUUUCAACAAGCCUCAGAUGAACUCAGAGGAAGGAGUAAGGCCAGGAGAGGAGCCACCCACCCACAGACUAGCUGAGACAGGCUGGAGUAGGUGUAGCCCUGAUUUUAUGUAGCUUUUACAAUAAAAAGCUCUGUUCUGGCUUUCUGAGUCCAUGUCCUUCCUAUGUCAGAACAAGACUACUUACCCUAUCUAACCUGUGCCCUGAGCAAAUCACCACAUCCUGGGAGGGCAGGAGGCAGGGCAAUCAGGUGUCAACCCCCUAGCCCAGACCCACACCUUCCUGGAAGAAAGAACAUUCGCUUUUCUUGAAUCCUAUGCCUCCAGUGGGGUCCCUUGUCAUAGAGAGGAAUCAUCUGGACCUUAAGAACACGGGUCUUAGACCAAUGGGGAGGAGUCAGAUGGAAGGACUUGGAGAUGAAAGGGAGGCCCACCCUCUCAGGGCCUAGGGCCGCAGUAAGUCAGUGCCUUCUUGUCCCGCCCCAAGGCAAAGGCGUCGCAGACAAGACAGAGCGCAAGACC